AUGCUCGAAGGCCCAGUAUACCUACGUCAACAUCUGGCAGGUGCCCGAACGAGGCAAAGGGAAAUUCGCGCUAUCUCAACACCAGCUAUAGUGCAAAUUGCGCUUCGAUUGAGAAGGGAGCAUGGGAAUUAUCACGGAGAUGCGAACAGCGUUUCGAGAGACUAUGCUAUCGUACAAAGCAGGCUGCUGUUGAGCGACUGGACAAAAUUCAGGAUGUCCUCUACGAGACGAACACAUGGAGGAAGACACUCAUGGGAGGGAUCACUAUACCAAGGCCAGAUUGAAUCUGAAAGCCUACGAAAGAUAGACAGCGUGUCAGCGUGA